UGAGAACAACCACUUCUGUAUAGCAGCAGCAAACACAUCGCAACGAAAACCGCAACCAUCCCACGAACGCCGAAAUUCCGUUCCUAUAGCAGGAAUCCGCAUUGCUGGCUGGGUCCCGGACUCUUGCCCUCCCUUCCAAUCCAACAACCAACAACCAAUCACCAACGACCAACGACCAACAACCAACGACACCGACACCGACAACACUACUAGCACAUGGUGGGAUCGUGCCCGAGGAACGCCCUGCGGCUGUGGAGGGCGGUGGCCUUGCGGCGGUGGGACGCCGCCCCGCUCGGAUCCUUCCGUCCCGCCACUGCUAGGAGCAGCGACGGAACCGCUUCCGCUCGGUGGCCCGGCCCCCGCUCGCUUGGAAGCCCACCGGCAUCCGCAUCCUCCUUGGCAGCAACAGCAACAUCGACAGCAACAUCGACAGCAACAUCGAUAGCAACAUCGAUAGCAGCGGCAUCCAACGCAACCCCAGCGAUGCGGAGGCGACAGCGACCGCUAGCCACCAGAAGRGUGGGUCUUCCGUUCCUUGGUCUUUCCCCCAUGGCCAUCGGGAUUCGGGGCAUCACCACCGGAAGCAAAAGCAGCGGAGGCCGCGAGGACUCCCCGAGCAGUUUCGGCCGAGGGCAUUGCGGUUCUUGCUCCGCAACCGGCGGCAGCCACGAAAGCAGCGACGCAGGCACGCCCGUUCCCGUUCCCAGCGGCAGCACCCCCAAAGCAACAGCGGCAGCGGCUGCCACCUCCGAUCCGUCGAUGGUGACCUGGGUCGACGACUACGUCCCGGAAGCCCUCCGGCCGUACGCCCACCUCUCCCGGAUGGACAAGCCCAUCGGCACCUGGCUCCUUCUGUGGCCCUGCUACUGGUCGGCGGCCAUGGCGGCGGGGGUCCCCUCCGGGCAGCACCCGCCCGGCCUGGMRGAGGUCCUCCCGGACCCGGCCCUCCUGGGCCUCUUUGGGAUCGGCGCCUUUGUCAUGCGGGGGGCCGGCUGCACCAUCAACGACCUCUGGGACCGCGACCUGGACAAGGAGGUCGCCCGGACCCGGACCCGGCCGCUGGCGGCGGGCCUCCUGGGGCCGAGGCAGGCCCUGGCCUGGCUGGGGGUCCAGCUCUCGGCCGGCCUGGGGGUCCUCCUGAGCCUCCAGCCCCACACGGAGUACUGCUUCUGGUGGGGGGCCUCGGCGCUCCCCCUGGUGGUGGCCUACCCGCUCGCCAAGCGCUGCUUCGACUACCCGCAGCUGGUUCUGGGCCUCUGCUUCAACUGGGGGGCCUUUGUGGGCUGGGCGGCCGUCCACGGGAGCGUGGACUACUCCGUGGUCCUCCCCCUCUACGCCAGCGGGGUGGCCUGGACCGUCGGAUACGACACGCUCUACGCGCACCAGGACAAGGAGGACGACGCCCGGCUGGGGCUGCGGUCGACCGCCAUUACCUUUGGCCGGGGGCCCGGUGGCGGGAGCGACGCCACCACCGAGACCGGCAGCAACAGCAACAGCAGCAACGACGACGACGACGACGACGAAGCCGGCCGCCGGAGCAAGCGCGUCCUCCACGGGCUGGCGGCCGCCACCUACGCCUGCUGGUUGCUGGCCGGGUACAACGGCCUCGGCCCAGGGUCCGCGRCCGGCUCCCUUCUUCCCUUUGGGGCGUACGCGGCCGGCGCCACGGGGGCCUACUCCCACCUGGUGUGGCAGGUCCGGACGGCGGACCUGGGCGAUCCCCACAACCUCGCCGAGCGGUUUCGGUCCAACGCCGCCGUGGGGGGGAUCGUCUUUGGGUCCGUCGUGGCCGGCAAGCUGGCCCUCCUGCUGUGAGGAGCAGAGCCGUUCGUCCUUUCCCCCAAACCAAACGAACGAACGAACGAACGGCGGACGCCACCGCCGCGGCACCGGUGCAUCCCACACUCCACCAAAGGGCCGGCCCUAACCCGGCGUGGAGGGAUUCUUCUGUUUCUGCAAUCGCACGGCGGACGCACGGAUUGGAUCGGAACCGCGAAAGCGUGGCCGAACGGACGGGCCACCSAUUUUUUUCGCGGAACCCUGGCUAUGGAAAGAUCGCCUCGGUUGGAAUCGAAUUGGUUUCCAUGUGCGGUCGAUGGAUUCUGUCCCUUGSCGUCUUCGCAACAACACGGAUGCUUCCGCUAUGGCUGCCAAUACUAGGUAGUUGCUCUCAAAGGUAUUUCACCGGAYGUCUAAGAACGCAAUCUUCUAAUUUUUUUGUUACGCCUAUCAAUCUAAUAAAGUGACACCAACAAC